UCUGAACCGGGAGGUGGAAGAAGCAAACUAGCCUAAGCGGGUCGGCCUCGGAGGGGCCCGAAGGAUCCCGGCUGCGCCAGGCCUUCUAGCGGCCUAGCGGCGGCUCGAUUCACGACUCCACCGAAAGACCCAGUUUCGUUCAGUUUCCACACGGAAGGCGGCUGUUGGAAGCAAGAGGCCGUCGGGAAUCGCCCCUCUCUGUCUCCCUUUGGGCCUCUCUCGCGCGCGGUGUUGGCGGAAGAGAAUUGGGAAGAGAAAGGCGUUGCGAUUUGUAAACCGUGGUCUUAGUUCCGGUGAGGAAUUUCGGAUACUUUGUGCCAUGGCUAUGCAAAUGCAAUGCGAUGAGAGCAUAAAUAUCUCAACGGAGGAGGAAAGCUUCGGUCCUCAGCCUAUUUCUCGUUUAGAACAAUGUGGAAUAAAUGCAAAUGAUGUGAAGAAAUUGGAAGAAGCUGGUUUUCACACCGUUGAAGCUGUUGCCUAUGCACCAAAGAAGGAAUUGCUCAAUAUUAAAGGCAUCAGUGAAGCUAAAGCAGAUAAAAUUCUGGCUGAAGCAGCAAAGUUGGUUCCAAUGGGAUUCACUACAGCUACAGAGUUUCACCAAAGACGCUCAGAGAUUAUUCAAAUUACCACUGGAUCCAAAGAACUUGAUAAGCUUCUUCAAGGUGGAAUAGAAACUGGGUCAAUAACAGAGAUGUUUGGGGAAUUCCGCACAGGAAAAACUCAGAUAUGUCACACAUUGGCUGUAACCUGUCAACUCCCUAUUGAUCGAGGCGGUGGUGAAGGGAAGGCCAUGUACAUAGACACAGAAGGCACUUUCCGUCCAGAGCGCUUGCUAGCGGUGGCUGAGAGAUAUGGUUUAUCUGGGAGUGAUGUUCUUGAUAAUGUGGCUUAUGCUCGAGGAUUUAAUACAGACCAUCAAACCCAGCUGCUUUAUCAAGCAUCUGCUAUGAUGACAGAAUCAAGAUAUGCAUUACUGAUAGUGGACAGUGCCACAGCUCUAUACCGGACAGACUACUCUGGCCGAGGGGAAUUAUCAGCCAGGCAGAUGCAUUUAGCCAGAUUCCUGCGCAUGUUGCUUCGACUAGCAGAUGAGUUUGGUGUAGCAGUUGUGAUCACAAACCAGGUGGUAGCACAAGUAGAUGGAGCUGCAAUGUUUGCCGCAGAUCCUAAGAAACCUAUUGGAGGAAAUAUUAUUGCACAUGCUUCAACAACCAGGCUUUACUUGAGAAAAGGUCGUGGUGAAACUAGGAUAUGCAAGAUAUACGAUUCACCUUGCCUCCCUGAAGCAGAAGCCAUGUUUGCUAUUAAUGCUGAUGGAAUAGGAGAUGCUAAAGACUGAAGAAUCUGUCUCUUUGGUUUGUUGUGCAAAAUUGGGCCAAAGAGGUAUUUCUUUCCAUAUGAUCCUGUUGUUCAUGAGACUUCUAUUACACUAUCAGAAGAAACAAUCAUACAUUGUUAUUGUGGACAAACUAUAGAAGACUCCUGGACUAUCUAAAACAUACCUGAUAACUUACUAAGAUCUUGUUGUUUAGUGCAGUAAGAUAGUAACAACUCUGAGAAAUAACAUUUGCAGAAUUUAUGCAGUUUAUGGAUAUAUCAAGUGUGAAAUAUUCAACACUUUCUGAUUUUUAUGACUGAAGCCAAAAUAAAAUGGAAGAAAUUUGAUCAGUAAAGGAACUAUCUAAUAA